AGGAGCGGCAUGACGUGCAAGCAUCGGUCCCGCGGUCGACUAUUGGGGUGGCUCCAGUGCGGAAGUGAUCGGCCGUAGACUCACUGUUCCCAGCGAGCGGUCGGUUGAGUUGCUGGCGAUGGCGAGCCAACUUGUGCAGGCAGUGGCCGCUGUUGUGGUUCUGCAAUGCAUCUCCGCAAGCUGGGUUGGCGCGUGGGCAGGAUCGGCUCAGGCUGAGGGAGGUGACGAGGUGCACUGGGACUACAGCGGUGGGUCGCAUGGGCCAGGUGGCUGGGGUGACCUGAAGGCCGAGUGGGGUGUGUGCAAGUCGGGCAGCCGGCAGUCCCCGAUCGCCAUCACGGCGCUCGACCUGGUCACAGACCGCAGUCUGGGGAAGCUGGAUGCCAAGUACCGGAAGAGAGUUCAUGCCACUCUUUACAACAGCGGGCAUGGGGCUGAGGUGAGCAUGCCAGCCGGCUCGGGACGCUUGAGGAUCGGUGGCGAGACGUACCGACCCGUCCAGUUCCACAUCCACAUGCCCAGCGAGCACACAAUCAUGAACCAGAGUUUCCCGCUGGAGCUCCACUUGGUGCACAAGUCCGAUGAUGGGAAGCUUGCGGUGAUCGGGUUCCUGUUUGAGGAAGGAGGCGAGAGCGAAUUCCUGGCCCAGUUCGCACAUGAGGUGCCAUCGUCAAAUAGCCCAGGCGUGAAGGUCGACUUGGGGCACAUCAAGAUGAUGAAGCCGGAGAGGAACUACGGCACUUACAUGGGAUCCCUCACCACCCCACCAUGCGCGGAGGGUGUCACCUGGAUUCUGUCGUUGUUCAACGUAAGUGGGUUCUGCUCCAGUGUUCGUGGCAUGACAGAGAGACUUGUAGAUGUCGGCAUGUGGGAGAUUGUGGUUUUCCGUCGUCGCAGUGGUUCUUUCGGGUGCCCUUCCAAAUGCAAGGCGAGCAGCCGCUCACAAGCGUUGCUCAUGAAUGUACCGGGAACUGAUACGUGGGACGAUGUUGCGCUUGUUGGGUGGCAGUUUCAAACGGCGUCCGCGGAACAGCUGGCUAAGCUCCGGGCUUCUGUGCCGAAGGGACACAACAACCGUCCAACCUUCGGCAGCGCCGGAAGGGGUUUCCGCAUGCGCACCAACGCUUGAGGUAUCAGGGUGGCGCCAGGAUGGAGAUGUAAGCGACACGAAGUGUGGCAGCUUGUAAAAUGCGACGCCUCGACGCUGAUGGCGUCGGUGUUUGUAGACUAGUGCAUUCAACUCCCUCUCUUUCCCACGAAUUGAGCCGGGCGUGGAGUGGAAUGAUGUAGAGUAGAAGUCAGUGUAGAGGCUGACAAGAGAGUGCGCAGACUGGAUGUGGUUUGCGCCUCGUCAGAAUGGUAGAUUUGACGCUAAUGCCGAGCUCCGUGGAAGCAAAGCAGCUUCACGGUUGUACCACUAUGCACCUCUCAAUGGAAGUUUGGUUGAAUCCGGGUUUUCGCUGGAGUUCCCAGCAGA